AAGGCGAUUAGUCAAAGCCAACUGGAUGGAGGCGAAUCGAAAGUUUUGAAUCCGACCCCUUGGGCGGAACAAAAUCGAGCUAGUGCCAAUGAGAGAGAGGCACCACAGCAAGUGACUCGUUUUGAAUACCAGAUCAUUAAUGCUAGAUUUAGAUAUAUUGUAAAGAUGUAGGCAUACUUUUUGAGUUUCUGCGCGAGAAAUUGUUUCAGGUUUUGUCCCCUGUACACUUUGGAUGGAUUGAGGAAUGAGUCGUGCGUUAUCAUGAAUCUUGUGACAGGCUCCCCAAAAAAACCUGACAGGCGGAUGCAAGAGCGAGCUCAAGCAAAUGAGAAACUGUUUUACAAGAGAGACGAGGAAUACUGAGUACAUUUCCAUAAAGUGGAUGUACAUUAACAUAUGGCUAGGACGUGUUAAGGGACACAAGCAUCCGGGUUCAUUUGCAUAUAACGAGGUAACAAAUGACAGAACAGGCCAUUAAAAUGACUCUGCGGAUCCAAUGCAAAACCCAAAUACGGCGUCAUUUCGACUCUUUAAGUCAUGAGUUUUGGAAUAGUCUCAAGCAUCCCAACCAAGACACCGAAUUCUCGUAUGGUGAAUCUCCAGCACUUCACAUGGAGCACACAUUAAACCUCCUUUGGUGCUAAGAGAGUUCGUGAUCCAAUACCAAAGGAACGUGGAACCAUGUUGUCCUCGUUAAAGAGCUCGACCACGCCAAUGACCUCGAGAUCGUCGAUCCUGGAGACUUCCGGGGGAAAACGUGAAUCGAAACAUUUCCAGAGCUUACAAAUCUUUACCAGCUAUGCCGAACCUGGUCUGAACGAGUUCCUAACCCGCAAGGAACAGAUCGAAUUGGAGAACAAACAAAAGGAUGAAGAGGAUCGGCUUUACAGAAAGUUUUUGGAAGGUCGCCGGGAAGAAGAGGAAAAGAUCAAAAACAUGGACGAGGAGGAACGAGAAGUCUACUUGUUCCAAUUGAAUCGAGACGAGCGUUCCAAAGUGAUCAAAUUGACGGAAAAACAUUGCAAACAGAUGAUGGAUAUGAUCUACAGGAAAAAGAUGGCUUAUUUUGAGAAGGGCGGGGAUGAAGAUUGGAAAGCCAUCCUGGCCCGAAGCUACCCAAGAGACCCGCCCGAGGUCGAACCUCCCGUCUACAACAAGGAGCAGGUCUAUGAAAACAACUAUGACGUCUUCGAAGAGGUCGAUGCUACGGCCAUUAGGAUUGCUCAUGACGACUACAAGCUUUUUAGCAAUCUAGUCCGAGAUCUCAUCGAGGGCUACACUUCCGAUCUGGAAAAGGCCAGGGUUCUUUUCAGAUAUAUGACCGAACGAAAAUUCAGCCACGAGUCAUGGUUCUUAUAUUACCCCGAAGAGGGCAAUAAACGAGGAGCUCCCACUCAACUGAUGCGAGGAGUCGAAUUUGGACUCGAAACCAAGGCACUUCUGUUCAAGAGAUUGUGCGCCUAUGCUGGACUUCAUUGCUCGGUCAUCAAAGGGUACAGCAAGGCCACGGAUUAUCUUCCAGGAGAGGAAUUCGUGGAUAGCUCAUAUCGAAACAGUUGGAACUCGGUUUUUGUCGCUGGUGGCUGGAGAUUGAUCCAAGCCAAUUGGGGCAUGAUGAGCGUUAAUAACAAGAUGGCGAGGGAGACUCGGCAAAUUUACCAAGACCACUAUUUCCUCACCGACCCAGACAAAUUCAUCUUUGAGUUCUACCCGAUCGACGAGAAAUGGCAGCUCAUGGAACAAUCGAUCACUCUUCAAGAAUUCGAGGAUCUGCCCUUACUCCGCUCCACUUUUUUUCAUUACAACCUCGGCUUAGAGGGCAAUGCGGCCUCGGUUCUGGAUUGCGAUGAAUUGGGCCAAGCGAGAGUGAGGAUCUUGGCCCCACCCGAUGUCAGUUUCCAUUACGAAGUGUCCUUCUUUAAGUCGGGCAACACCGCCGUCACUGUCGAGGGCGAAAUGGGCAAAGUUCCUUUGGGUCGAUUUCUCAUGAUGUCUACGGAGGACGAAAUGACCGUGUUCCAAUUUCACGCCCCUCAGAAAGGGACCUAUCUUUUGGACAUAUUCUGCGCUGUCUCGCCCACCUAUGAGCAGUGUCUAACCGAGGAACCUAUCAAAUAUGUCAAUAUUUGUCGAUUUAAACUCAAUUGCCAUGGAGUGGAUAAGCCUAAUGUUGCUCUUCCGGAUUGUGCCCCAGGAGAAUGGGGUCCAACAAAGGCCGUCAAAUUGAUAGGAUUGAUCCCACUGAGCCAUUUGUACCCAGUCAUCAAUGCGGCUCCCGAUACCAAUGUCAAUCUCAAGGAGGAGAAGCCCUUGACUCUCAACAUGGAGUUUGAAAUGACCAAGCUCAUGUUGGACUUUGUCAUUCGCCUUCAUAAAAAUGGAGAUCGCCCCUACGACGAGAGGGGGAAAAAGCGCGACGCUCGAUACCGAAUUAAGGACGAAAAAUACUUACUAGUGGAUAUCAAGGUCCCUCAAGAAGGUCAAUAUGGAUUGGAUAUCUUUGCCCGAGAGCGUUGGGAAGAAAAAAUGGUGCAUUGCUGCAAAUACCUUAUCAACUGUGAUGUCUAAUCCUCUGAAAAAAAACACAUCAGACCAGUAUCAAGCCAAUCUACUCAUGUUGCGACUUGUCCUUGGGGAAAGUGCCUCUAUGCGGUUGAGUGACCAAAAGAAGGUUGUCAUCCAAGCCUUAUCCCAAUACGGGCGUUAACCAAUGUCGACAGUGAUUAAAAAACAGCACCUUUCGGAAUAUUAAUAAAAACACAUGCCAUGUUAAUAUUGA